AUGGAUUCAAACAAUUCAGAUAAUUACGAUCAAGAAUUUUGGGAGUUGGUUGAAGAAGAAUUUAUGGACGACCGUGAUGAAGAACAACAACUUCAGAAUGAACGUCGAUCUGAAAGUUCCUCUAGGCCAAAGAGAAGAACAACGGUAGAUCGAGGUCGUGAAGAAGGGAACAAUCGAUUAUUCAAUGACUACUUUUCGAAAAACCCAAUAUACACAGAUGUUCAAUUCUGA